ACACACACACAGACAGACACACACAGACCAGCACAGGACUCCGUCGUACAAGAAAUACUCUCCUGGGAUAUGAACACUCUGGUCCUUGCCUUUCUUCUGUAUACUGUCUGCAGUGCUCUGGGAUCCCUGGGGUCAGAGGUCACCUUCUCUCCGGGAUUGAGUCGAGUGAGUGGAGGUCCGGCCUCCGGGGGUGGCCUCCUUCAGACCUCUCUGAGCGAGGAUGAGGAGCUGGAAUUGGAAGAAGACCUUUCAGGAUCAGAAGAGUCGAGCUACGCACAUCCUGAUCUGCACCUCCGCAAAGAUGAGAGGAGGAAGAGGAAAAGCAAAGGCAGGAGGAAGAACAAGCAGAGGAGCAAAAACACCACCGUCUUCAACCCAGAGCACUCGUUCCACACCGGCGGAUACACGUCGGCUCACACCACCACCAUGGACCCCUGCACCUCCACACACCUGGGCUACUGCAUCCACGGCCUCUGCAAGUACAUGGAGGACUUGCAGGAGCCCGUGUGUGUCUGUAUGAGGGGUUUCGAUGGUGAGCGCUGCGGGAUCCAGACACUGGAGACCGGGAGGCAAGGGGAGGAAGAGGAGGGUAGCAGAUCCGAAGUGGUGCAGACAGUCCUGGUGAUUAUCGCCGUGGUUCUGUCGGUCAUCAGCUGCAUCGCCAUCCUGCUCAUGACCUGCGCCCAUUACAGGUCACACAAAAACUUCCUGGCGGCCUACCUUGGAACCGGGACGGAGACCGAGAAGCUGCAGAAACCAGUUGGUAACAUCAUUGUGUGAGCAUCAAUGGCAGAAUUGAACGACCAGCCGGUCCAGGAUUGAUGUGGAUGAGGCAGGCGACCCUGAGACCAGUAGACUGACAUGAGACGUUGUGUAGAAACUCUUCUUCUCUUACUUUGGUAGAUUGUAAUUUAUUGUCAUUAUUUAUUGCUAAGUAAAGAAAGACUGCGUGUAAUAGUUUGUAUGUUGUUGGACUUGUUGUCUUGCUAAAGACCAGCAGACUGAUGCUGAGCGUCCGGUCUGUGGUCGUACUGUAGUUGUGGUACUGUAUUUAUUGCA